CAAAACUUUAAACAAGUCAGUGUAGCAAUAUUUGCCAUAAAAUACUCACCCCCAAUUCAAUCCAUUUCUGAAAAUUACGGCAAAAGCAAAUGUUUUUUUCAUUAAACUGAAAACAAAUAAAUCGACCACCCCUUCAAUAUUUUGGCUUUACUUCAUCACUAGCACUAUGCUGCAAAAUUAAAUGUUUUUUUUUUUUUAAUGUCAAUGGCUUUUUCUUCACCAGUGUGCUCCAAGCCAGAUUUGACUCAUUAGCCAUGACGAUUCUAUUGUUUUACACUGUAAAAAAUAAUGGGCAAAACACUGUUGGGUAAUAUAAUUUUACCCAACAUUGGUUUGAAAUUACCUAAUUUGGGUAAAAACUAUUGGGAAGAACUUUGCCCAAGAGUUUAACCUGUUGAUAUGUUGACCCACAUUGGUCUACAUAUCAACCCAUUUUGCCCAACGUUUUUACAGUGUAUGCAUGUGCUAGUGCAAGUCUGACACAAGUUUAAAGUAGAAUUAGGAUCAUCUUUCUCCGGUACAAUGUACUGCAUUGAUUAUGUAAGACGUUGGAACUUGGAUUGAACUUUUUAAUUGUAUAAUUCUUUUACAUGCUCAUAAUGCAUGCCUUAUUAAUACCAUGCCUAUGCAGAAUAUUGGUUAAUUCUCACUUUGUGAUAUCACAUUGCUCGACCCCGGUUUCAUAGGGUCUUUCAAAAUACCCAGUUGACGUCAUUCCGACCGGACUCUAUCAUAAAGUUUACACCUUGAAGAUAGUGUAAUAUUUAUGGAAAAUUUCUUUCACAAAAGAAACCAUUGUCAAUUUCUUUAUAUUCUUGGCCUCUUUUGCCCUCGUUUAAUAUUCGCUGAGUGUAAUCUUUAAAAUUUUCUCCUUUUGUCAUUUAACCUUCACUAAACCGAUUUCCCCCGAAUAUAAUGUGGUAACGACUGAAAUCAAGGCUAGGAACCCUCGUCAGCAGAAAUGAAACCCCCAUAACGGUGGAAAAAUCAAAAGGUUAGCCCUUGCCUUUUCAUGAAUACCACAAUUCUAUGCAUAUUCACCAACGCGGAUAUUCUUUAGUGAUUCAAAUUAUCCGUGGGCCGACAUAAUAAUACAUGUUCAGGGUCAAUGCGCGGAUAAUGCAGUGUGAGACUGCAGUGACGAAUGGUGCAUGCAGUAUAAUGCGAGAUGGAGCUUUCUAUACUUACUUUUGCACUGGUAUAAGGUAUAGCAUAACAUCAUUCCAACUUUUGUUUUCGGUGCUUGAAUAUUCGUCGUAUUCGGGUGAAUGUACCAUGUGCCUCCAGAACUGACUGCAAGGAUGUCUUUGUCAAGCUGAUGUUCUGACAGGGUGAUUUCAGUUGUGAUACGAUCGGUAUAUACCCUUGCACAAGCGAGACAACGUGGUGCUCUGUUCGUUGACUUUGUGCCAAUCUAUACAUGGUGCAUGCGUUCACAUAAGUGUAAACUUGAACAACUUCACAAAGUAUCGACAGUUCAUUCGAACAAGCCGAUUGCUGAGUCUACACCGCACUGCUGGAAUCUGGUUGAUGUUUUUUGAACAACAACUGAACCAAGCGUCUGUGAUGAAACUCCAAAAACUGUUCCUGAUUUUAACUUUCGCGGUAGCACUUUCGUGCUUUGCGUUUGUAGCAUAUGUCUCAUCAAGAGGUCAUGGCUCCGGGGCGAGUAGGCACAGAACUAACGCGAAGCCCAUGCGCUAUAAGCUCGGUGCUAUAGCCAGUGCGAAGAACAUCAGUAUCAAGAAGCAGGUACACAAACUGAUAGGCAAACUGAAAGACAUUCGGGAACGGAUUCCAAGCAAAUUCAUUAAGUCCAAGAAAGCUAAUAGGAAAGAUGCUGUCCCUCGACCUCCAGAGAUUGUGAAUGUACUCCAGACCCACAAGAAAACCCAGGCUAGUUCUUUAACUCGUACAAAUCCGCGUGGUCGGUCUAAUGAUGUACGCAAUGCGAAGAACACCAUCCUUAACUUGAAGUCAGCAAGAAAUUCUCCAAAUAUCUAUUCUCCAUAUGCAAAUGAACUCAGUAGAUUUGAUCCAGUCAAAGAAGCCAGCAAAGUUUCUAUUCCCUCAAAACUGACUGCGUUGAAUAUUCCCAACAGGCUUGAGGAAACGAAAGGAUUUUCUACGGUUCAUAUCGGGGAGAUGCAUAACACAAACUUGGAAACAUCGGUGAUACUGAGUUCACCUGACCGAGAUGAUACCAGGCGCGUCAUCAAUCCUCAUGGGUACAAACUCCUCAUGGACGAACCCCAGGCCUGUUACGAUGCCACUGGAACCCCAAAGGAAGUGUUCUUGUUGGUGUUCAUCGCAACAAUCCACGCGCACACCGAGCAGCGACAGGCGAUUCGCGAGACCUGGGGAAGCCCACGAGAGGUCAUGGGAAAGAAGAUCGUCACCCUGUUCCUGUUGGCUCAAAACCAGUACGUUAAUCUUCAGCAGCAGGUGGAGGAGGAGUCCAACAAACACCACGAUAUCCUCCAGGAAGAUUUCCAAGACACCUACAAGAACCUGACGCUCAAGACCAUCAUGGCUAUGAAGUGGGCCAGCACCCACUGCCCCCACGCCUCCUACGUCAUGAAGACGGAUGACGACUCUUACGUCAGCUACGACAACCUUGUCAAGCACCUGACUAGAUCACCGUCAAUAAACUACGCUGUGGGGCGUCUGUUCCCCAGUGCUGCACCCUUUCGUAACCCUUCCAAUAAAUGGUACGUAUCCAAGGAGACGUACCCCAGAGACAUAUACCCACCGUUUCUUGCCGGAACGGGCUACGUGUUGUCGACGGACGUAGCAGGAAAGGUCUUCCAGAUGUCCUUGCGCACGAAAUACAUUCAUCUCGAAGACAUAUUUGUUGCCCUAUGCUUAGAGUCAUUGCAUAUCAUACCUGUAAAGGGGGAGGAAUUUCACAAUUUCUACAUUGAAUACUCCAGGUCUCGUUAUUGCAAUCUGAUAACUUCUCAUCAAAUAUCUCCGCUGCAAAUGCGACGCAUAUGGAGCAGCCAUCCAGAUCAGGGGCCGUGUUAGUAGUUUGGCUCGCAAUGGCGCCCGCUAGAGACGACGAAUUGUAACGUCAUAACGAAUGCACACCUAGACUGUUUCCCGGCUUCCCUAAAGAUAUGGGGACCGGUAACUAGUUCCCAUUUAAAAGCAUUUGAUUGGUUGGCCUCUGCGCUCGCGCAUCACGAUUGUUUAUAUUUGAAUCGCUGUUUCAACUUUUGUGCAUGGACGCCGGUGAUUGAACUCACGAUUAUCAAGAAAUUCACGCUUGUCUUACCACAGAAGUACACAAAAUCGUCAGUGUCUCCAUGAAAUCAAUUUUCAAACAUUUCAACUGCAUAGGUUGUAAAUAUUGAACAGCAGUAUUUCUCGGGUCAGUACCACGCACGCGAAACUGGUCACAUAGGGUGAAAGUUUUCUAUAAUGAUGGGUGAAAAAAAUCCUUUAAAAAACCUGCAUCCAGACGCAGAUCCGGAUGACUUCUAAAAUCUCAUAGAUUUGUACUUUUACCAAGGACCACCUUAAAAAAAAAAUCAUGAAAAUCCAUCGAUAAGUUUUUGAGUUGUCCUGUUCAUAGACAAGCAACGCCGAUGAAAACAUAACCUCCUUGGCGGAGGUAAUAAGUGUGGAGCAGGUUACUAAAAAAAUAACCUGUGGAAGUUGAUUCAGCACAGUAAAUAUCUUUUUUGAGAAAAAUGUGAAAAAUGAAUCUUCGCUUUUCUCGACGUAAGUUACGGUUUCCCUUAAAGGGUGCAUGCCAAAUAUGCCAAAAAUCUGUCCGCCGAGCUCAUGAAUAAAAGUUAUACCCUCAAAAUAUUCUCCUUUAGAGAGUUCUGAGAGCCAUAAAAUUGGGGAAUUGAAGAGAUAUGGUUUCGAACCUCUUGCCCGGACUUGGGGCUU